AUGGCGGCGCGCGGCGCGGCGAGGCGCGGGGCUGGCGCGGCUCCGGCCCGCGGGGCCGACCCGCAGCAGGAGCCGCCGCCCCCGCUCCAGGCCGUGCUGGUCGCCGACAGCUUCAACCGCCGCUUCUUCCCUAUCUCCAAAGACAGGCCGCGGGCUCUUUUACCUAUGGCAAAUGUGGCCAUGAUUGACUAUACCUUGGAGUUCCUCACAGCAACUGGAGUAGAAGAAACCUUUGUUUUCUGCUGUUGGAAGUCAGCUGAGAUAAAAGAGCAUUUACAAAAGUCCAAGUGGUGCCGUCCCAGCUCUCCCAACACGGUGCGCUUCGUCAGCUCGGACCUGUACCGCUCCCUUGGCGACGUGCUGCGAGACGUCGACGCCAAGUCCCUUGUUCGUUCCGACUUCAUUCUUGUCACCGGAGACGUGGUGUCCAAUUUCAAUAUAUCCAAAGCCCUGGAGGAGCACAAGUUGCGUCGGAAGAUGGAAAAGAAUGUUUCUGUGAUGACGAUGAUAUUCAAGGAGUCCUCACCUGGGCACCAUGCCAGGUGCAAAGAGGAUGACAUUGUUAUUGCUAUGGACAGUGCCACAAACCGUGUCCUUCACUACCAGAGAACCCAGGGGCUGAAACGCUUCCGCUUUCCUAUGAGUCUGUUCCAGAAUUCUAUUGAGAACGUUGAGGUGCGCCAUGACUUGCUGGAUUGUCAUAUCAGCAUCUGCUCUCCACAGGUGGCUGAGCUCUUCACAGACAAUUUUGACUACCAGACACGGGAUGACUUUGUGCGUGGUCUGUUGGUGAAUGAGGAGGUCCUGGGGAACCAGAUCCAUAUGCAUGUAACGACAGAAGAGUACGGAGCCCACAUAUGCAACCUGCUCAUGUACGAAGCCGUGUGCUCCGACAUCAUCCGCCGCUGGGUUUAUCCUUUGACUCCGGAGAUGAACUUCACAGAUGACAAGAAUCAGAGUUACACCCACUCUAAACACAACAUUUACCGGGGAGUGGAUGUCAGCCUGGGCCACGGCAGCGUGCUGGAGGAGAACGUGCUCAUCGGGCAGGGAACGGUCAUCGGCAGCAACUGCCGUAUCACCAACAGCGUCAUUGGGCAGCACUGUAGGAUAGGUGAUAAAGUCAAUUUGGACGGAGCUUUUCUCUGGGACAAAGUGCAUGUAGCAGAUAACGUGGAGAUCUGCCAUUCUGUUGUCUGUGAUGAAGCUGAAGUGAAGGAGAAAGUAAAGCUGAAGCCCCACUGCGUCCUCUCUUCUCGGGUAGUAGUAGGUCCUGGCAUCACGCUUUCUGAGGGCACAGUGAUCUCUCUGCACCCACCAGAUGAAGAGGAAGAGGAUGAUGACCAGUUCAGUGAUGAUUCUGGUGUGAACAAGGAGGAAAGCGAAGUGAAAGUGAAAGGAUACAAUAAAAAGGAUAUAGGCUCAGAGGGCAGAGGCUAUCUCUGGAAAGCAGAUGACAAGAAUGAAGAGGAUGAAGAAGAGCAGAGACAAAGCCUAUGGGGCCCAGCUAUGCAUUCAGAGGAAGAGAGCGAGUCAGACAGUGACCUGAGCAUGGGCUCUGAGGAGCCAGACAGUCGAGCAGCAUCUCCUCAGCUAGAUGACAUCAAAGUUUUCCAGAAUGAGGUUCUGGGUACGUUACAGAGGGGUGAAGAAGAAAAUAUUUCCUGUGAUAACCUGGUCCUGGAAAUCAACUCUCUCAAGUAUGCAUAUAACAUUGGCCUGAAGGAGAUGAUGCAGGUGCUCAGCAAAGUGAUCCUGGAGUUCCCACUGCAGCAGCUGGAUGCAAACCUGGACUCCCAGAACUAUUUUUCAGCAUUACUUCCUCUGUUGAAGAAUUGGACCCCAUUGUUUAAGAACUACAUAAAACGGGCGUCAGAUCACUUGAAUGCCUUAUUUGCCAUUGAGGAAUUCUUCCUGGAACAUGACAGUCUCUGCACAUCAAUAGCUAAAGUGUUGAUGACAUUUUACCAGCUGGAAAUCCUGGAAGAAGAUGUAAUUCUCAAUUGGUUUUCUUUGAGGGACACGUCUGACAAGGGAAAGCAGCUUCGUAAAAACCAGCGACUCCAGAAGUUUAUCCAGUGGCUGGAGGAGGCAGAGGAAGAGUCGUCUGAUGGCGACCAAGCCUGACGUGGUGGCUCAGCGUGAGAAGAGGCACUCUCACUGCCUUCCCAGGCCGAGUGGGCAGGGCAAGAUCUGUGCCAGUGCAUGGUGUGUAGAUGUGGGGCCUGACAUCAAAGUGACUGACAAUCCCAAUUAUUAAUGAAGUUGUGUGUUCCCAACUUUUACUACUUCCCUUCUUCCCUCAGUUGCCCAGUGGCACCUGAUGUUGGAUGGUUGCAGCCCAGUGUAAAAAACAUAAGGGAAAAGCAAGAGGUGGUGAUACCUCUGGAGCAUGGAUGUGAUGCAGUAUAAGCUAUUUUGUGGGAGGUGCUUGUUACUGAUACAAAAGGGAGCAAAUAGAUGGAAAUGCAUACAAUGCCCUUAUAAAUCUAACCAUUGGGGUUAUGGAAGAAUGGUCAUACAGCUAAGUCAUUUGGAGUCAUUGUCGCUUCUGGAGCGAAGAGAAGUCCUGCUGAAGAGACACUGGCAAGGUUGGCGGGUAGGAGCUUGUGUGUUAGGAUCUGGAGUACAGAACUGGGAUUCAGGAGUUCCUGUGCCUGGAGAAGAUGCACUUGUCUGAGGAUGCCCAAGGCAUUUUGCAGCCUAGAAGGCACUUCUGUGAUCUUUGCAAAAUGGAAAAUCUUGCCAUCUGCUGUGCUAGGAUCUAACACGAGGUUACACAAUGGAGUAGGUAAAACCACGUUUCCCCCGUUCUGUAGAACGGGAUAAUAGGUGCUUGGUUCCCUCCACGGCGUUUGGCUAACAGUGGGUGUGCACUGGCCAGUGAAAUCCUCUGUGGAUCACUACAUCUUAGAUGUGAUCUAUCUUCUGUAUGUCCCCAGCUUAGCAGAUAUGCUUUAGAAAGGUGUCUGUUUAUUUUUGUAUCAAAAGGGAGCAGAGGUGCCUGGCUCGUGCUGCACCAGCUACACUGGUGUUUUGCUCUGGGGGCACCGCUGGCAGCAGCUGCUUUAAGGAGGCUGCAGGUUCCCAAGUUCUCCAGUGUGAAAAGGAGCGAAUGGUAUUUCCUUUGACAGCACGUGUGUUGUGUUUCCACAUGAUUUCAGUUACACAAGCUUGCUUCAUGUCCUUUUAUCUAUUGAAACAUUUCCCUUUCCUCAGACAGCAGGGAAAGUGCUGCAAACCCACUGUGAAGUUCAGCAGCCGCAGAGUGACUCUGUGUGCAGCAGGGAAUGAUGGUGCCUCUGGCACUUGGUUGCCAGCACAAACAAUGUGUGGCAGCAAUAAGACCUUUAAGAACAGCUUUCUCAGAAAGGUCCUUGUGCUGUGUUCUUCCCUGCUCUCAAAGAACAGAGCAAAAAAGGCCCAGGGAGGAUCGGUUUGUGUUUGUAGGUGGGUUAUUUGUUGGAUGUGCUGACCUUGCCUCUGCCCCUUCAGGAGGAGCAUGGAAUAAAUCCUUUGGGGAGGAAAAUGCACUGGAGCUGCCCACUCAGGAUCUUCACUUGGCUGUUCCAUGGUGCCACAAUUGUCAGUGAGAGGAUGAGGUUGGAGGCUGGAGACCAGGAAUGCUGCCUCUUAAAACUGAUGUUCAGGCAGGGUGACCUUGUGCACUCACACUAUCAGUUGCCAGGACUGUGCAUAAGUGUGCUUGUUUUCUGACAUUGCAAACUCAGACUUGUAAAUGUUGGGGAAAUAGCUGGUAUCUGGAUUUUCUGUAUCUGCCAAUAUUUAAUUCAGGGAGCAAAUAAAACCUAUCCUGGUGUUA